AUAAAUGUGUACUUCUGUUAUUAAUUUGAGGUCCAGAGCAUAUUUAAUGAAGGGUUAUAUGGUGGUGGUGUAUUAUUUGCUGGUUUCUGUGAGGUGAGGAUGAGGAGGCAUUGAGGUGUAUUUCUCUGAGGCGUCGGUGGUUGGAGCCUCUGCGCCUCACACGCACGCACACACACACACACACACACACACACACACACACACACGGAGACUGAAGGAAAGAAAUGCAGCUUUCCUCCUUGAGUUGGGCAUAAGGAGUCCGUUCAAUCUCAGAACAAACGGCAGCGAGUAUUUCUUCGUUGAAUGUUUCUGUGUCCCGCGGACACGCGCCGAUGAAGCUUUCUGACGGACUUUAGAGGCUCGUGAAUGAAGGUGUUGAGAGAUCAGAUCUGAACAUCACAAAUGCAUAAGGAACUUUAUUCAUCAGACUGAGUGAAGGGGCCGUCCCAAACGCAGUGAGAGAGUAACACCCUCUCUCUCUCUCUCUCAUCGCAGGCCGACCGUCAGUGUGGAGUAACUGUGGAGGCAGGAGUGUGUGAGAGUGUGUGUUUCCAUGCCCUGGUCGCACGGGCUGGGAUGGAGCGACAGGUUGGGACUGGGAGACGCUGGACGCCACUGCUGGUUCUGCUGGGAAUGAUGCACUCGUACGGUCAGGGGAAUGUGCUGGACACCAUGUUACAGAGGAAUUCUGGGAAGGUUUCGGCGGGCGGCAGCGAAACACCUGUGAUUCCAGAGAGGAUGUUAUUAUGCCACUGUUAUCAUCACUGUCCUGAAGACUCCACCAACAACACCUGCAGGACUGAUGGUUACUGCUUCACAAUGGUGGAGGAAGAGGAGGGCGGCUCUCCAGUGCUCACAUCCGGCUGUCUGGGGUCAAUGGGAUCAGAGUUUCAGUGCAGGGACACUGGGAACGCUCGUCUGAGGAGGAUCCUGGAAUGCUGCACAGAUCAGGAUUACUGUAACCGGGAUCUGCACCCGACGCUGCCUCCGAUCAAGAGACCCGAUCUGGACAGCAGCAUUCAUUACAUGGCUCUGCUCAUCUCAGUGACCGUCUGCUGCAUCAUCCUGGUCCUCAUCAUCAUCUUCUGCUACUACAGGUACAAGCGGCAAGAGACACGCGCACGCUACAGCAUGGGUCUGGAACAGGACGACUCCUUCAUUCCCGCGGGAGAGUCUCUGAAGGAUCUGAUUGAACAGUCUCAGAGCUCCGGCAGCGGAUCAGGACUCCCUCUGCUGGUGCAGCGAACCAUCGCCAAGCAGAUCCAGAUGGUGAAGCAGAUCGGGAAGGGCCGGUACGGAGAGGUGUGGAUGGGCCGAUGGAGGGGCGAACGAGUCGCUGUCAAGGUCUUCUUCACCACAGAAGAGGCCAGCUGGUUCAGAGAGACCGAGAUCUACCAGACCGUCCUGAUGAGGCACGAGAACAUACUGGGAUUCAUCGCAGCUGAUAUAAAAGGUACGGGCUCGUGGACGCAGCUGUAUCUGAUCACAGACUAUCACGAGAAUGGCUCGCUGUACGACUACCUCAAAUCCACCACGCUGGACACCAAAUCUCUUCUACGUUUGGCGUACUCGGCAGUCUCGGGCCUCUGCCACCUCCACACCGAGAUCUUCGGCACGCAGGGCAAACCGGCCAUCGCUCACCGAGACCUGAAGAGCAAAAACAUCCUGGUGAAGAAGAACGGAACCUGCUGCAUCGCGGACCUGGGGCUCGCCGUCAAAUUCAUCAGUGACACUAAUGAAGUGGAUAUCCCACCAAACACACGGGUCGGCACCAAACGCUACAUGCCUCCCGAGGUCUUGGACGAGAGCUUGAACCGAUGCCAUUUCCAGUCCUACAUCAUGGCCGACAUGUACAGCUUCGGCCUGAUCCUAUGGGAGAUGGCCAGGAGAUGUGUGUCCGGGGGGAUUGUGGAGGAAUAUCAGCUGCCGUAUCACGAUCUGGUGCCGACAGACCCGUCCUACGAGGACAUGAGGGAGGUGGUGUGUAUCAAGAGACAGAGACCCUCGUUUGCAAACCGCUGGAGCAGCGAUGAGUGUCUGAGGCUGAUGGGUAAACUGAUGACCGAGUGUUGGGCUCACAAUCCGGCGUCCCGUCUGACCGCCCUGCGCGUGAAGAAGACGCUCGCCAAGAUGUCCGAGUCUCAGGACAUUAAACUGUGACACUGAGAGUCUGAGGAGAUGAGGGGAUUUAUCCUGCUUUCUGUGAAAGCUCCCGCAGACGAGUGGACAAUCCUUCAGAUAAACUCACAAUCAACCAGAAACACACUACAUCUGUAACUCAGUCUUUAAAUAAGGCCUUUUAAUGACAACAAAACCAACCAAAUGAUUCUGUAAAAAUGCAUUUUCAAACUUUCACCCUGAACAGCGUCUGAUAUUUAACAUGAAACACUUUCAUCAAACGCAGCACCAGGUUUUACCGUCCAGUCGUUUCAUCGCUCAAUUACGUCCUUGUAAAAUAUGAAUGUAAAUAUUGAAUGUCAUGAGUUACGGAAAAAUGUUUUCUUGCAUCACGUGAACGUUUGUACAGGAUGUUUUUAUGUUGACUUGUGCCUUAUUUAACACACGUGUAAAAGUUUAAUAUUUGAUAGUUCAGUGUAAAUGGAGUGAAAAAUAAAUUGUAUGUGUUUAACAUUCCCCUCCUUUAAUAAAGUGAAUUAAAAUCUGA